ACAAAUUAAUUAGUAUGAAUUAUGAAAUGACAUACUAAAAGUUUCGAUUAAAUGUUUUAUUGUUAUUUUAAAUAUUAAUAACAAAAAUUCUAGUUGAAUCAUAGUCAGAGUAAAAAGGUAGUGCUAUUGGUGCAUCAGUGUUCUGUUUUAUCUAUGUUUGUCUUACGCCUGUGAGAACGCGAAUGAUAAAAAAGUUUGGUACUGUUAAUUAGGUUUUGACAAUUUUGAGAAUGUGCAGUGCCUUGAGUCAUGGGCUUAAGUCCCCAGCAAGGCGGUUGCUUAAUUUUAGGAGAGUUAAAAACAUAUCUACAUCUAUUGUGCACAAUGAAACUAUAUUAGUAAAAAAUAAUGAUGAAUUUGUUAAUAAGGUAAUCAAUAAUGACAAGGCAGUGAUAGUCAAUUUCCAUGCGGAGUGGUGCGAGCCAUGUAAAAUACUUACACCAAAGUUGAAGGAGCUUAUUGAACCACAUACUAACCUUGACUUAGCCAUUGUUGAUGUCGAGGAAAAUGCUGAUCUUGUACAUACGUUUGAGGUUAAAGCAGUACCCGCCGUGAUAGCAAUAAGAAACGGGCUAGUCGUAGAUAAAUUUAUUGGCCUAGUAGACACGGAUAUGAUUAAUAAUCUCAUAGAUCGGAUGUCCGGAAAGAAAAAGGAUGACGCGUAAAGGAGAUGUGACUUGCCAUAUAUGAAUAGUUUAUUAUACGCAAAUAAAUGUCGGAAAUUAUACACAAAUUGUAUAUGUAUAACUUCUACGACGGGAAAAAAACUAAAUAAUUUUAACUAUUUUUAAAUGGCAAUACUCGAAUCGUAAAUACGUAAGUUGUACGCAAAUAUAUUUAAUAUGUAUUUACACAAAUUGUAGAAAAAUUGACUUAAUUAAUUUAAAAAUCAUAUUUUAUGUAAUUCAGUAACACUUCUUAUUUAGGGACGUCUUUUUAAUUUUUUUUUCAUCCUCUGACAUCUAAUAAUAGAAAAUAUAAGUAAAAUAUGGGUUUAUUAUUAAUUAAUAAAUUAGUUCUUUUUAAAUAUUAGAAUUGAAUUUUAAAAGUACUAUACCGUCUUUGAAGUAUACAAAGUGAAUAACGUUUAUAAGAUCUUAUAGUUGACAUUAAGGCAUUUGACAUAUUUGUCAUAUGUCAGUUGUCCUGAUGUAAAAAGUAGUUUUAUCAAAAAUAGACAAUUUGAUUAUGUAAACUUAUUUAAUCUUAAAAAUAAACCUUGUAAAGGGGUUGUUCACUAAUCACGUGA